UUUUGCGCGAAACGAGACAGGACCAUCAUGAGCAGAAGAACACGACGUUGGAUAUUUCACAUUUUCCUUUGUAUCGGAAUAAUCUACUUGAAAAUGGGGCGGUUCUCCACCGUGCUGGCGCUGGGAGCGAGCAUCAUAUGUAACCGGAUCCCGGGUCUGGCGCCCAGGCAGCGCAUCAUCUGUCAGAGCCGGCCGGACGCGCUCAUCGUGAUCGGACAGGGCGCACAGAUGGGCCUCAGCGAGUGCCAGUUCCAGUUCAGACACGGACGCUGGAACUGCUCCGCGCUCGGAGAGAGGACCGUCUUCGGAAAAGAGCUGAAAGUGGGCAGUAAAGAGGCAGCGUUCACGUAUGCCAUCAUGGCAGCAGGAGUGGCUCAUGCCAUCACAGCCGCCUGCAUGCAGGGAAACCUCAGCGACUGCAGCUGUGACAAAGAAAAGCAGGGCUUCCACGGGCACGCCGACGGAUGGAAAUGGGGCGGCUGCUCGGCAGACAUCCACUACGGCCUGGGCUUCUCCAAAGUCUUUAUGGAUGCUAGAGAGGUCAAACACAGCGCCAGGACACUUAUGAAUCUGCAUAACAACCAAGUAGGGCGAAAGGUCCUGGAGAGGAACAUGCGGCUGGAGUGUAAAUGUCACGGUGUGUCUGGAUCCUGCACCACCAGAACAUGCUGGAUGACCCUCCCCAAGUUUCGCGAGCUCGGCUACAUCUUGAAAGACAAAUACAGCCAUGCUGUCAAUGUGGAGCCGGUCAAGGCCACGCGCCACAAACGACCCACUUUCCUCAAGAUCAAAAAGCCCUACUCGUACCGCAAGCCCAUGGACACAGAUCUGGUGUACAUCGAGAAAUCGCCCAACUACUGCGAGGAGGACCCUGUGACCGGCAGCGUGGGCACUCAGGGCCGGGUGUGCAAUAAGACGCUGGUGCACCAUCCCAACGGCUGCGACCUGAUGUGCUGCGGCCGAGGAUACAACACACACCAGUAUUCACGCGUCUGGCAGUGCAACUGCAAGUUCUUCUGGUGCUGCUACGUCAAAUGCAACACUUGCAGCGAGAGGACAGAGGUGCACACAUGCAAAUGAGCAAUGCCUAUGGAUCUUUUGACCUAGUUUUUGAGAGGGUCUUUCAUCCUGACAUUAAAAGAUGGUCAGGUGGCCUCUGUUCUUUUGAUCAAGUCCUUACAUCAGAUAUCUUUCCUUCACUUUAAAGGAAGAACAUAGAGUUUUGUCUGGAGAAAGAAUUGCGUGAGAAGGAACAUGGGACCAAAAAGUGUAAAUUACUAUACUUUUGAUGCCACAGAGUUUUCUCUGUGAGUGUUUUUUCAGUCUGCAGGAAGCAGUUUGGAUUAAAAUAAGGCUCUCUUGUCUUCUACCUGCUGUAAAACCCAUUACAACUAUCUGAAUCUUGAAUUUACCAAUGGAGCUACUGGAUCAUGGACGUCUUGCAGGCAUGAAAGUGAAACUUACAGAGAUAUUAACAAAUAGAGAAAAACAGCAUGGUUCCAGAUGUAAUUUGAGGUUUUAAUUUUAUAUUUUAAGAAAAUUUCUAAAGAGAAAAUUAAUG